CAUGGCCUCGUUACUGGAGCAGAUAAGCCGGCCAGGGCUAUGAGACCAUUUGUAGUUCUCCUGGCCUAAUCAAAACUGCAGUUAGCCAGAAAUCUAUAGGAAUAAGAACUCUUUGAUCUCGUAAGGUAGGAAACACAAAGCCACCGUAACUGUGAUUGUUAAUUUGUAUGUGCCUCUUUGUCUCCGUAGGCAGAGCUUGGAAAGUACUUAGUACUUUGUUUCAGUAGGCAGAGCUUGGAAAGUUCUUAGUACUUUGUUUCAGUUGGCAGAGCUGGGAAAGUUCUUAGUACUUUGUUUCAGUUGGCAGAGCUGGGAAAGUUCUUAGUACUUUGUUUCAGUUGGCAGAGCUGGGAAAGUUCUUAGUACUUUGUUUCAGUAGGCAGAGCUGGGAAAGUUCUUAGUACUUUGUUUCAGUUGGCAGAGCUGGGAAAGUUCUUAGUACUUUGUUUCAGUAGGCAGAGCUGGGAAAGUUCUUAGUACUUUGUUUCAGUAGGCAGAGCUGGGAAAGUUCUUAGUACUUUGUUUCAGUUGGCAGAGCUGGGAAAGUUCUUAGUACUUUGUUUCAGUAGGCAGAGCUGGGAAAGUUCUUAGUACUUUGUUUCAGUAGGCAGAGCUUGGAAAGUUCUUAGUACUUUUUUUUCAGUAGGCACAGCUUGGAAAGUUCUUAGUACUUUUUUCAGUAGGCACAGCUUGGAAAGUUCUUAGUACUUUUUUCAGUAGGCAGAGCGUGGAAAGUUCUUAGUACUCCUUGAGUUGUCUACUGUGCUCUAUUCUUUGUUAUAUUUUCAAUUCUACUGUUGGCUGAGGAAGGCUUUAAGCCUAAGCGUCCUUGUUUUUUUGUCCUGUUGUCUUAUUCAAGCUUCACACAUACCUCGAUUUGCUAUUUUAUUCAUUUACUUUGUUUCAGCAGGCAGAGCUUGGAAUGUUCUGUAAUGGUAUUUGUAAUUUUUAGCAUUGAUUGUUAUUUAAUUAUUGAUAUUCUUUACGAGAUUUUUUUAGUUUGUUGUUGUGUGUCUUUCUUUUUUUUAAAAAGGGGGUUGGGGGGGGGGUAAAGAUUAGUAAACAAUGAGGUUAACGUGACAUUAGUGAAAAAUCAUGACAAUUGAGUAAUGUUAUUUAAUUAUUGAUAUUCUUUACGAGAUUUUUUUAGUUUGUUGUUGUGUGUCUUUUUUUUUUUAAAAAGGGGGUUGGGGGGGGGGUAAAGAUUAGUAAACAAUGAGGUUAACGUGACAUUAGUGAAAAAUCAUGACAAUUGAGUAAUACAUAUGAAUUUACCAUUAGAUUAUUCAACAAUAAUUUUUACACCAGAUUAGAGGAAAAUAUUUUUUUCAAGUGAUUAAUUAUAAAAAUAAUGUGUAUUUUGUUUGUUUGUUGUUAUUUGCCCAUGAAAAGAUAAUUAUAUACAUAUUAAAUUAACAAACAUUAGUUUGAGUUGCGUUGCUUUAAGUUAACUCAUGACGAGAAAUUCAAAAUUAUAAAUGAAAAAGAUGUGCACAUUCUUUAUUUAUUGUUUAAUUUAAGUCACAAAAAAGUGAUACGUGGUAAUCUGUUGUCACAAAAAAACAGGAUAUGUGGUAAUCUGUUGUACCAAAAACAGGAUAUGUGGUAAUCUGUUGUACCAAAAACAGGAUAAGUGGUAAUCUGUUGUCACAAAAACGGGAUAUGUGGUAAUCUGUUGUACCAAAAACAGGAUAUGUGGUAAUCUGUUGUACCAAAAACAGGAUAUGUGGUAAUCUGUUGUACCAAAAACAGGCCAUGUGGUAAUCUGUUGUCACAAAAAACGGGAUAUGUGGUAAUCUGUUGUACCAAAAACAGGAUAUGUGGUAAUCUGUUGUACCAAAAACAGGAUAUGUGGUAAUCUGUUGUAUCAAAAAACAGGAUAUGUGGUAAUCUGUUGUACCAAAAACAGGAUAUGUGGUAAUCUGUUGUACCAAAAACAGGAUAUGUGGUAAUCUGUUGUAUAAAAAAACAGGAUAUGUGGUAAUCUGUUGUACCAAAAACAGGAUAUGUGGUAAUCUGUUUUACCAAAAACAGGAUAUGUGGUAAUCUGUUGUACCAAAAAACAGGAUAUGUGGUAAUCUGUUGUACCAAAAAACAGGAUAUGUGGUAAUCUGUUGUACCAUAAACAGGAUAUGGGGUAAUCUAUUGUACCAAAAACAGGAUAUGUGGUAAUCUGUUGUACCAAAAACAGGAUAUGUGGUAAUCUGUUAUCAUGAAAAACGGGACACGUGUUAAUCUGUUGCACUUUCAACUUUAGCAUUUGAUCAAACGUUAAAAAUGAGAAAGAGAGAGAGAGAGAGAGAGAGAGAGAGAGAGAGAGAGAGAGAGAGAGAGACACAGAGAGAGAGAGAGAGAGAGAGAGUAUGAAAACAAUAUACAGAUUGCUUGGAAUGCUUGUAAAACAAAUGAUAAUAAAAAGGGGGCUGGGGGGUGUUAAUCUAUGUCACUACGUGUUUAUAUGUGUUACUUUCAAAAUUAGAAUAUGAUAAAAAAUGAAAAAAAAGAGAGAGAGAGAGAGAGAGAGAGAGAGAGAGAGAGAGAGAGAGAGAGAGAGAGACACAGAGAGAGAGAGAGAGAGAGAGAGUAUGAAAACAAUUUACCGAUUGCUUGGAAUGCUUGUAAAACAAAUGAUAAUAAAAAGGGGGCUGGGGGGUGUUAAUCUAUGUCACCUUUCCCCUGCCCUUCUCUUAUAUACUACGUUGCAGGUAAGUCUUAAUUUUACUUUUUUUUUCGCCGAAGAGGACUUACUGCGAACACACCCAGUUUUUGUUUGUUUGUUGCGUCAUUUGUUCAGAUGUUCCCAUACUUUGUUUUGUUUAUUUCCUUAUUUCUUCUGCAUAAAAUAAAAUAUUCCUGUAUUAUUUGAACACUGGUACUAUAAUUAAUAACAAAUAAGUCUUGUAUAAUUCGAAACUGAACAACAAAAAAAAAUUUGAUUAAUAUUGCCAAUAACUUUUAUUCCAUUGUUGACUGAAAAAAUUUGUUCAUAAAAUCAUAGAAGACCUGUUGUUUUUUGUUUUUAGAAUAAAAGUGUAUUUCAUUUUAAAGUGAAAUGUACAAAGAUAAUAACCCUUGAGAUCAAAGAAAAUCUUCAACAUUUUCGUAUACGCAGAGGUAAUUUGUAUACAAAGAAUCUGCUUCAGGUUUAUCCAUAGACAAUUUGCUUUACGUUUCAGGUAUGUAAAUCACAAUUUGCUUUACGCGUGAGGUAUGUAAAUCACAAUUUGCUUUACGUUUCAGGUAUGUAAAUCACACUUUGCUUUAUGUGUCAGGUAUCUUCCGUAGGUUUUGCUUUAGGUAUCAGGUAUCUUCUGUACGUUUUGCUUUAUGUAUCAGGUAUCUGUUACAACACAGUCUGCUGUAGUGUUGGGUAUCGAUCGCAUAAUUCCGCGCAUUGCCUUACCUGUCAAUUGAUAAGCCAAAGGAUAAGCCAGGGGGAUAACACCUAAACAUAGGUAGAGCGACGACCCAACCACUUCAUUACAGUUUAGAAAACCAGGCAAAAGUCAGGUACAGGUAACCUAUGCCCCCCCCCAACCACCCCUUGUGCCACCACGGACGUCUACAAAGAAUCGUAUCUUUCUAUUGGCGACAUAGUCCCCCCUUUGAACAAUUUUGUUAUAUUAAUCUACAGACCGGUCGGUGUGACCAGGUACAAUCUAUACAACUCUUGUCACUGCCGUGUCUGGGGCUGAGUAAAGCUAGCACCCGUAAAGCCGUUAGUAUAACCGUCACGGCACGCUGCCAUUAUGUCAGGUCACGGUGCAAUGGUCCAUAGAAAGUUUCGUAGAUAGUUAUUAUUUGUUAGAGAUCUGAGCGGAAAAAACCACAACCAUAUAAAAUCGUUCAAUGGGGAUCUCUAUAUGGGAUAGUAUAGUAUGCACAAUGUUCACAGCCGUACUGCUAAUAUUAUACUACUUAUAUAGCGGAGAGUUAACACAAAAAGAUCUUUUCACCCAUAGUAGUUGUGAAUUAUUUCAACACAAAAAAGUUGUGAAUCGCUUCAAUGAAUAAACUUUUUGAAACCAUUUAAACACAUAAUAAUAUUUCAACACACAAUGAUAUUUCAACACACAAUGAUAUCUCAAACACACAAUGACAUUUCAACACACAAUGAUAUUUCAACACACAAUAAUAUUUCAACACACAAUGACAUUUCAACACACAAUGACAUUUCAACACGCAAUGAUAUUUCAACACACAAUGAUAUCUCAAACACACAAUGACAUUUCAACACACAAUGACAUUUCAACACACAAUGAAAUUUCAACACACAAUGAUAUUCAACACACAAUGAUAUUUGAACGGCUGCUUUUUUGUUUUGUAUGACCGGUUUUUGUUUGUCUCGUAACUAUCUUUGAAAUCAGUACGAGUUUUUCAAUAAAAUGAUAUAUCUUUAGACCGAUUUAAAAAAAAUAAUAAUUUAAUAGUCUAGUACAGGCCUGCACAACUCAAAAUUAAGGCGGGUAAUAAUACUUUAUGAAAAGCUUGUGCGGGCCGAAAAAUGAUAGGACAGGGGGGAAAGCUAUCAAGAAAAUAAUAAUAAUAAUAAAGAAUGUUUCGUUACUUCGCGGGCCGCCAAGUAGGUGCUGGCGGGCCACAUGCUACAAUUUGCUCUUCACAAAAUAGUUUGAACAGACGCUCACAUUUGACAUAAGCUUUAAUAUCGUUGAUACACUUUAUAACUGAAUUAAGAACAGGCGAAAUAUUUUUAGCAACCAAGUUUUCCUUAUGAAUAAAACGUUGAACAAGAGGCAAUAAGCUAAAAAAUUUGCUUCGAUAUCAAUAGUAUACGAAUGAAAAGUAUAAUAUAAUAAAAUGUGCUGCGGAUGGUGCUCCUAAUAGUAUGUGCAAAUAAAAUGGAUGCUUUCAAUUGAUGAAGUUUGAGAAUCCAGAAAUGCUACUUGCGCAUUGUGUUAUUCAUAGCGAAAUCUUUUCGUGCUUUCUAAUGAUUUACAGAACAAAAUCUCCUUUAUCAAUAUAUUAUCUUAUGUAAGCUAACAGUACGGCCUCACUGUCUUACAAAGUGGAUUCAUCAUUUCGCGCUGAGAAUUUUUGUUUGUUUUAAGCCUUGCAACAUGUUGUAUUUCAGAAUCUUCUCUCAUAGGGGUCUUCCAUUAAUUACUUCAAGAAUUUUUAAGCAAUUUAUGCCACCCCCACCCCCCCUGUCAUCAUUGUCAAACUUUCAAUGACCCCACCCCCCAUUUAAUUAUGUCAACAUUUUCUACCCCCAACCCCCCCAAAAAAAAACAAAAACAAAACAACAACAACAAACAGACAAAGGAAACAUAUUAUCUAUAAAUGUAUACAUGCAUCUUACUUUUUGCUGAUCUAUUUUAAUGACACAAAAUUGUAGGAAAGACAUUUCAUUACAACACGUUAAAAAGUUUUUAAACUUAAGUUGUAUAAUGCGGGAUCAAUUGAAAGGUUGUUAAAGACUAAAUAUCAUUGUUUGUGGUAUAAAUAUAAUUAUCGUCAGUAAAGCUGACAAUUAUCGUAUAGUUUCUAGCUGCCAUCAUCUUCCAAAGGAGUAUCCAGGUUUGCUCUAUUGUAAUAAUGGGCAUCAGGGACAUAAUUUGGGUAGGGCAAGGGACAUUUGCCCCCCCCCCUAAUUAGCGGGUUUUAUUUAAAUUGCUAUGUACUGUGUCGCCUCCAGUAAUAAACAACUUAACAAGCCGACCAAGUUAUGGUUUUACCUCCCCUCCCCCCNUAUCAUUUUCAUCUUUCAGCACUGAUACACCAGACAAGUCAUCAUCCUCAUCUAACCAUUCAGCACUUAAAAUAGAAGCAUUGUCGGUGUGAGCGAUGAUUGCAAUAAGCUCUCUCUAUCUCUCCUUGCAGCUACUCGCAUUGGUCGAAUCCUUUUUUGUUGAGGAGCAGGUGCUAAUUUGUUACUCUCAAGAGGGCUUUGUCGGUGCUGUUGAACAUUCUUUUUCAUCAUGACUUGUGCUGCCAAACAGAUGUGUUCAAGCAGCGAUGUUAUUAUUGUUACUCACUUUACAUUCCCCUAAUUCUCAAAACAUCGUAUUCCUGCUCUGUUAAUAUCACUUAGCUUCUCUUGAACUAACAAAGUGUGCUAACAUUCUGACCAGCAAUCUGGAGCGCACAGACAGACACACAUUAAAUAAAUCUUAUAUUUUUCAAAGCCUAAACAUUAUGACAAUUACACUCAUUUACACUUAUGCGUGGUUUUUUUUUUUUUUUUAAAUGUAAUAACCAGUCAAUUAUUAAAAUUAAAAUUUGAUAGAGAAAACAUGAUUGUUUACGUCAACUGAUCUAACCCCCCCUUCCCUCCCCCUUUGUCAACAACUGUCAAAAAUUUCCACCCCUUCCCCCCCCCCCAUAUUUUGUUGACGUAAUUAAUGGACGCCCCCAUUUCAUUUUUUUUUUUAAAUUUUAUUUUUUUGCCAGCAGUAUUGAUACUGAGCUUACAUGUCAUGUCAUUGUCAUCCUUUUCCAGAACUGUGUUAAAUGCCGAUACUGUAGUGUUGCGUUUGUUUUAAAUGUGGUAAAUUAUUGAUUUGUUUUUUGUUGACUUUGUACCACGCUUCGAGCCUUUGGGGAUGAAGCGUGUUUUUGAAAUGAACUUUAUUAUUAUUAUUAUUAUUAUUACUGAUGGUUUGAUUAAAUUCUUUCCUACAGUAUGAUUUUCCUUAACUCUAGCAAUGAGUAAAGAAAUUUCAUGACUAGCCUCAAGGGUACACUUGACAAUUGCAGUAGGAGCAGUAAACAGAGACUUUAAGGUUGUUCUUUUUCCUAAAUUUCUCAUUGAUGUUUGAAAGUAAUUUAAAUCUGAAUUACUGUGACAACUAUGUUUGGCAUCCACGUGCACCUCAAAACAGUUAGUUUUUAAAUUCUAGACAGCUCAUUUUUUAAUUGAUCUCCCCCCUUUUAACAAUCAAAUUGCCCCCCCCCCCUUUUUCCUGCGGAGCGUGGCCCCCACGUUGGGAAACACUGGACCUGGGUAUUAUUUUUAAACCAUGCAUUUCAGUUAAUACCUACAAGAGUAAAUUAUGUCCACUUUCGUACCUACAAGCGCCAAUCAUAUCCACUUUCGUACCUACAAGAGUAAAUCAUGUCCACUUUCGUACCUACAGGAGUAAAUCAUGUCCACUUUCGUACCUACAGGAGUAAAUCAUGUCCACUUUCGUACCUACAGGAGUAAAUCAUGUCCACUUUCGUACCUACAGGAGUCAAUCAUGUCCACUUUCGUAACUACAAGAGUAAAUCAUGUCCACUUUCAUACGCACAAGCGCCAAUCAUGCCCUGCCUCGGUACGGCUUACGCCGACCGACAUUCAAGACACUCUCUAUGAUUUAAGAAAGAAAAAUCAAUGCUUCAUUUUUUCUUCUUCUCAUCAAUCUGUUAAAGAGCACUUUGAAAACAUGUUUAAUUCUUAGGAAUAAAUGGGCCGCGUCUUGUUGUCAUGCCAACAUACAGAUAUAAGAGACAUACGCAGCUGACAUAAUAGAUCCAAGCCAGCAACUCGAUUGAAAUGUACUGGGUCAAUCCGGUCUGUAGUUCCUGUUCGCUUAUAUAAAGUGGUAUUUUUUACAGCUGGGCAACAAUUUAUAUUUUAUUCAUCUAACCGCAGAGCUGUUCAACCUGUGUGGCUGUGUGUCGGGACAAAUCUGAAAGCUGUGAGUAUGUGUCGGGACACGAUACUGUAUCUGACGGCUGUGUGUGUGUCGGGACACGAUACUGGAUCUAAUGGCUGUGUGUGUGUGUCGGGACACGAUUCUGUAUCUGACGGCUGUGUGUGUGUCGGGACACGAUACUGUAUCUGACGGCUGUGUGUGUGUCGGGACACGAUACUGGAUCUGACGGCUGUGUGUGUGUGUGUGUCGGGACACGAUACUGGAUCUGACGGCUGUGUGUGCGCGCGGUAACACUUUGAGUCUUAUAUGUGUAGUAAGAAAUAUGUACCUGCGUGUAUUUAAAAAAAAUGAUUAUAUACAUUUGAAUUUGUUGAGCUUAUAGUAUAUGAUAACAACGACUUGAUGGUAAGGCAUGCUAGUAGUUAUGGUGAAAUGAUAUACAAUCAAGCCCACUUAUCUCGACCUCAGUUAACUCGCCAACCUUAUUAAGUUGACGUUUCUGAAUUUGAAGCGCUAAAUUCUCUCUUUGUCUUAGCAUUUUUUCAUCGGUUAUGUCGAUUCUUUUAAGUCGCCGAACCCUGAUAUCUUGCAAAGACGGCCAAACUUGCCACUUAAUCUCGGUUAUCUCGAUCCCCAUGACCAAUCGCCGGCUUUUGAACUCCGCAAGAAGAAAUAGCAAACAACAAAUAAACAAGUGUUACAUAAUUAAAAAUAAUUAUUUAUUUCUUAAAAUACAGGAGUGAAAGAAUCCCUAAGUUUAUGUUGUAAUGAUCGUCCUCCUCGUAUGCACAAAACAGACUGUAAUAAGUUCAUUGUCACUCCUUUACGUAGACAACGGAAACUAGAUCUCCGUAUGACCCCGUGACUUACCGACCGGCAUUGACCGGUUAUUUAUUUAUCGUCUGUUUCCCGCAUCCGAAAAAUCUAUCCACGCGCGCCGCUAUGGAAAGUACAUAAUAUUAUAGACCUAUUCUUUUAGAAUAUAACUUACAUUUUUAUAACAUUCGUUUAUAGAAAGCAGGUCUACUAAGUAGGGGCCUAAGCAAGCCAAGCUGUCAUAACUCUAAGACUAAAAUGAGUUCUUCACUACUAAAGUAUUUAUAAUAUCAAAAUUCUAAUCAUGUACAGGAUACAGUCUAAUCAGUCAGUUUUAAUAAUCAUCAGUGGCACUACAGCCCAUGUAGGGCCCUGGUCUGCUCCCCCCACAUCCUUCCAUUCGGAGCGAUCCAUGGCUUUCCGCCUCCAUGCGCGAUCCCCAACUGGUGUAAAUCCGUCUCCCCAUCAUCAAUCCAUCUCAGCCUUGGGCGACCGGUGAGUCGUCUGCCCCUAGGCUUCUGCCUGUAUAUAAUUUUGGCUGCUCUGCAUUCCGGCAUCCUUUCAACAUGUCCUGCCCAGCGUAGUCUGCCUUUUUUUUAUCAUUGUGACUAUGGGUGGUUCUUUGUACGAAUGGUAAAGUUCUUGGUUUGUACGGAUUAUCCAGAUAUCAUUUUCUGCCACCAGGCCAUAUAUUUUUCGGAGGAUUUUCCUCUCCCAUGUGUUGAGCAGGUUCUCUGCUUUUCUUGUGAGGGUCCAGGUAUCACUAGCGUACGUUACUACUGGUGUUAUGAUAGUGGCGUAAAUUGUCUUCUUUGUUCCCCUUGAGAGGUUUUUGCUCCCAGUAGCUUUUGUAGGCUGAAAUAGGAACGGUUGCCUGCUGUUAUCCUUUCUUUCACCUCUGACAUAAUCUCAUUGUGCUCGUUUAUAGUUGCCCCUAGAUAUUUGAAUGUAGCCACUCUCUCAAAUUUGUAGUUGUUUAUAUUGAUGUUGUCAUCAGCAUGGGAGUUUCUUGACAUUAUCAUAUAUUUUGUCUUCGGUUCAUUUAAAGCAAGGCCAACUUGGACUGAGGCAUUUUCAAGUUCCCAGUCAGUCUUAAGUUAAUUCUAAUAUAAAGUAACCUAGACCUAGACUAGGCCUAAAACAUAUUAGGCUUAGGUCCUAUGGCCUAUUAAUUAUUAUUGACUUAAAUUAUUAAAUUAGGCUAGCCUAAAAUUUAGUCUUAAUUUAGUAUAUUUGACUCAUUUUCAUUUGAUAUACAGGUAUAUUAUUAUAUAGAAGCAAGGAAAACAUCUUUAUCUAAUUUUUAAAAAUGUUUAACAAAUUCCAGCUUUGUUGAGGUCCGCUGUUUAUCGUCAAUGGAUUAAUUCAAAUUUCUUGGGGAAAAGUCUCGGAUAAAAGAAAUCAUUGCAAGAUAAUGAGGCCCAGGACGUCCCACUCCUUGAGGGGCCCGGCGUGUUCAUUGUGUGACGUCAUUAGGUUCGGCUAUUUUCACCAGAUCAGACUCCUCGUCUCCACCGGCAUCGACCUGGAGUCUCGCGAUGACAGCAGGCGGACGCCCAUCAUGCUGUGCGCCUUCAUGCAGCCAGAGUCCUGGGGGGCCAGCACGGCCUUGACCCUCAUUGAGCACGGGGCAGACGUGGGCAAGACGGACUGCUGGGGGAGAAACGUCUUGCACUACGCGUGUAUCUUUGAGAGGACGUCCCUCGUGAGGAUCCUGCUCAAGGCGAUCGAUUACGACCUCAACGGGGCGGACAAAUGGGGCAACACCGCCCUUCAUUACGCCGCCAUGUCCGGCAAUUUGACCGUUACAAAGAGCAUCGCCCAGAGCCUGAAGAGAUACCGCAUUAGCCCGAACGCACGCAACGAUCAAGGGAAGACGCCGUUUGAUGAGGCCACCCAAGCCGGAAACGACGCCUGCGCCCACGUCAUUCAGCAGGAGCAAGCGGGCAGACGACCCGGAAGUGAGGUCAUGAAGGAUGUGCGUUUUGCGGAUUCUGCAGUAAAUUUGGAGAAAAGUGAAACUCUCAGAACUUGGAAUGUACCAUUGGUCAAACAAGGCAGGAUAACGAGGCCGAAAUCUGCUGUGUUCAUCACCGGACGAGAAUCCGGCUCGUCUUUCGACUCGGUUGACGGUGGCCGGUUUACGUCAGACGGGCGAACAAGUCUUUUUCACAGGUUUGUCUAGAUUAUUCGACAUCGGUGAUAAGAUUACUGUACAUUGGUUACUAGAUUACUCGACAUGGUGACUGUAUAACUCGACAUGGUAACUGGAUUACUUGACAUUGUUGACUAGAUUACCUGACAUUGAUGACUAUAUUAGUCGACAUUGGGGACUAGAUUAUUCGACAUUGGUGACUAGAUUCCCUGACAUUGAUGACUAUAUUAGUCGACAUUGGGGACUGGAUUUCUGGACAUUGACAACUAGAUUACUGGACAUUGAUGAAUGGAUACUACGACAUUGGUGACUAGAUAAUUCGACAUUGGUGACUAGAUUCCCUGACAUUGAUGACUAUAUUAGUCGACAUUGGGGACUAGAUUAUUCGACAUUGGUGAAUGAAUUACCUGAUAUUGGUGACUAGAUUACUCCACACGGACUAGUUCUAGGGACGUUUUAAACGCCUCAUAGGCGUGGUGGUCGAAGGCGUAAUGCGGUUCAUAGGAAAAUGUUGUUUUUUUAUACUUUCUUUUUAUUUUUAUUUUGUUAAUUAUGGUUGAUUAAACUUCGACUGCAUAUCGUUCUCAAACAGAAUUGGUUCCAAUAUAUUUAUUUAUUUUAUAAUGACAGUUUUUCCAGAUACAUUUUACUUUAGUUACUUAUGAAAGUGUUUACUAUAUAAACACUGUAUACAUGUUGAUCACUUCUUUCCAUAGUAGGUCCAAGAAUCCUCUCUAUGCCAAGGGCCACAAGAACGACGACGACAUCAUAUUCUGUGCCUCGGAAAAGGAUUUCCGGAAUAAACCCGACUACGUCUUCAAGUUGGUCCACAUGUCGUAUGACCCUGACCGCGGCGACCCCGUGUACUCGACCAGUCACAACCCUGGCUGGACUGACCAAUCCCAGCGACUUGCGGGGCAUGACGACUGGAGGUGUCAGUUGAACGUUUUAUUUGAGGUAAAGUUCCAAGAUGUUCAUUUGGUUCUGUGUGGAUGUGAUUGGGUAAUGUGAUUGUCCCCCACAUAAACGUUCUAUUACAAAAAAAAAAAAAAAAAAAAAAAAAGAAACUUUAAUGAUAAUCGUCAUGACAAUCCAUGAAAACAUUAUCACUUCCUCCCCAAAUAAACGUUUUAUUAAAAAAAAAAAAAAAAAAAAAAAAGAAACUUUAAUGAUAAUCGUCAUGACAAUCCAUGAAAACAUUAUCACUUCCCUCUUGCCGUAAGGAAGAUUUUACAUUUCUACCGUUUUUACAAUCACAUUUUUACAAAUACAUUUUUACAAAUGCAUUUUGACACAUACAUUUUAAUUUGAAACUUAUUACAAAGGAAAUUAAUUUCUUUUUUUCUUUCUUUUUUUUAAAGCAAAAUUUGAACUUGGUUGAUAAAUAAUAGAACGUUGUUAAAAAAUAGUUAAUACUUUAACCACAAAAUAAAUAUUUAGCAUAAUCUUUGUCACCUAAUCCAAAUCAAAAGUGCAACAACAGUACCUCGGCGUUCAGUUGCCUGCCUCCAAAUAUAGUAUUUCUAACUCAGGUUUACGGACACCAGUGUACGCCAUCUUGGAGGUCGACCAAAACACCGGAAAUACCCACAGACAUCCCAGAAUCCACGACACCGGUGAUCUUAGAGGAAGUGGACGGGGAGGAGAAGGGUCGCGGCAGACGACAAAGUGUGGUGUCUCGUAACUCCAUUAGUAACGGUCAGUAUUGAUGGACGCCGGCGUUUGUUGCCAUUUUGCACUGACCAACUGCUCUGGUCGUUCCUGGUCGGGAGAGUUUAACUGUAGCGGCCCUAAUUUAUUACAAUGCAUCCUUUUGCAUCCAUCUGUAGUGAUCACACUUAAUGCCCAUGAUAAUUGGUCCCUCUCAAACUGCGUCCGUUGGGGCCAUGUGUUACCAAUUACACGCACCUGUAUUCGUUCAUGUGCUUACCAGUGGUAAUCGUUGUUUUUUUUUUUCCUUUCUAUUUUCAACUUUUGUUCAAUUAAUUUUUAAUCACCUGUUCUGAUAUUUCAUUUCUGAACCCGUUCAUUAUUAUUUAGCUUUUUUUCAUUUAGCUUUUUUUUCAUUUAGCUUUUGUUAUGAAAGCUAAAUAGAAAUGAGUAAGUUAGCCUAACAAUAAAGCUCCUUCAUUACAUCGCCAAAUUGUGCUUCCUAUAGUUCCAUCUUUAUAUCAUUGAUCUGUCCAUCUAGAUUCAAAGAGACGCCAGUCUGCUGCCCGACUACGCAAGAUGGCCGCCAACUUUGGCUCACAGACACCGAGAUAAGAGACGAGAGUUGAUCUAAGAUAAAGCAGCCUUAUGAUUACAAAGCUAAAAAUAUGAACUAUGAAUUGUACGAAAUUAAAAAUAUUAAGCGAAGAUUGAUCAACAUGUGUAUUGCUAGAAUGUUUUAAUAUGUUGAAUAUAGUGUUUGUCAAUGAGCUGCGCAUAAGUUUAAAAAAAAUAAUAAUAAUAAUUGAUACUAUCAAGUAAAGUAAUAAAAUUGAUACCAUCAGGCAAAGUAAUAAAACUGUAUGAGUGGGAGUGAUUGUAACAGUAAAUUCAUGUAUUUAUAAGAUACAAUUUGCUUGCGAGGGAGUAUCAUUUGAAAGAUAAGCGGCUUAUCAAUCGUUCCUCGUUGUGGCGAAUCUGUUCCAGGCGGUGACCUGGUGGUCAGUGCACAAUUGUCUUUAUUUGUCUUUAAAACGAACACCGGUCAGGACAAAGCUAGUUUAGUAUCAAUUUAAAAUGACGGGACAAAGCUAGUUUAGUAUCAAUUUAAAAUGACGGGACAAAGCUAGUUUAGUAUCAAUUUAAAAUGACGGGACAAAGCUAGUUUAGUAUCAAUUUAAAAUGAAUUUUCUCCUAACUGAUGUCAUGCGCGUUCACCAACUUAUCAUUCGCCACGUCAUUUCUAUUCGAUUGCAUAUCAGAGCUUGCGAGAUCUCUUAUAAUUUGCAAGAAUGUUAGCGCUGAUCAUACCGAAUCAGCAAUACCGUAGUUCUCCUUAUAGAAAUGGACGUACUCUCCAACCCGUCAACACUUCCUCCUGCCUUUUAUCUAAUCCAUCUCUAUAGAACAGGCUCAGACAAUUCAGCUCUGAGUGAGUGCAGGAUUUACCAGUCUGGUGAGCACGAAUUGUCGAACCUGUUUUGCAAAUUCACUAGAUUUUUAAAUUUUUCUUUUUUUUAGUUUUUAGUUUUAAAGUGCAUGACUUCAGUUGUUGGCCUCAACUUGCAGUUUCUAGUGAAUGGGGCUGAGAGGGACACCGUUGCAUUCUAGUCACGCUUCAGGUGGACAGAACGUGUCCUCCAUAUCUGAGAACCAGUUCCUUCUAAAUUGGCCAAACACUAUUUGCUUAAUUAAUACAAAGAUAUAAAUGCAAGGGAAACAACUGAAACAAUGUCGAGAAAGAAAGAGUUACUUUUCUUAAAACCAGUUUUCAAAGUUUAAACCAGGUGUUCUUAACCUUUUUGGAGGUACCGAACCCUACCAGUUUCAUAUGCACAUUCACCGAACCCUUCUUAAUAGGAAAAAAUAAAAUAUGAUUUUUUUUCUGAUCUUUUUUUUGGACCUCCGCCGAAACCCUGAGACUGGCUCACCGAACCCCUGGGGUUCGAUCGAACCCAGGUUAAGAACCACUGGUUUAAACUAUAACCGACGUCAGGGGGCAGUGAAUGAAAGAAAAGAAUUGAUGUCAUGUGUAAAAGAUUUACUCCUCAACAUUAUAAACGUGGUCUUGAAACUAACUUGACUUUGACCGUUUAAAAUAGAGUAGAAAUGAUGUGAUGUGCUACAUAGGAGCUCAUAAAAAUGUAUUACUCACAGAAUUAUUAUAAUUCUAUAUUUAAUUAUGAAUCAUUAUUAAUAG